AUGGCAGCUCCUGGGGCUUCCACUUGUGACCUCAAGUACGAUGCCUGCCGUGGUGCCCCUGGUGCGAAUCUGUCGACCUGCGCCUCUGAUAAGGCCGCGUGUGAGGCUGCUGGUUCGAGUUGCCAGGCCAAAUACGAUGCCUGCCGUGGUGCCCCUGGUGCGAAUCUGUCGACUUGCGCCUCUGAGAAGGCCUCCUGCGACGGUAGCACCUCGACUACAACUGAGGCUCCUCAGCCAACCUCGUCGGGCACUAGCGACUGCCAGACUAAGUACGAUACCUGCCGCGGUAAGCCCGGUGCGAACCUAUCGACCUGCGCCUCUGACAAAGCCUCCUGUGAGGCUGCUGGUUCAAGUUGCCAGGCCAAGUACGAUGCUUGCCGUGGUGCCCCUGGUGCAAACCUCUCGACCUGCGCUUCCGAGAAGGCUGCCUGUGACGCGAACGGCGGAAGCACCUCUACCACAACUGAGGCUCCUCAGCCAACCUCGUCGGGCACGAGCGACUGUCAGACUAAGUACGACACCUGCCGCGGUAAGCCCGGUGCGAACCUGUCGACCUGCGCCUCUGAUAAGGCUGCAUGUGAGGCUGCUGGUUCGAGCUGCCAGGCCAAGUACGAUGCCUGCCGUGGUGCCCCUGGUGCAAACCUGUCGACCUGCGCUUCCGAGAAGGCUGCUUGCGAUGCGGACAGCGGUAGCACCUCGACUACAACUGAGGCUCCUCAGCCCACCUCGUCGGGCACGAGCAACUGCCAGACUAAGUACGAUACCUGCCGCGGUAAGCCCGGUGCGAACCUGUCGACCUGCGUCUCUGAUAAGGCCGCGUGUGAGGCUGCUGGCUCGAGCUGCCAGGCCAAGUACGAUGCCUGCCGUGGUGCCCCUGGUGCAAACCUUUCGACCUGCGCUUCCGAGAAGGCUGCCUGUGACUCGAACGGCGGAAGCAUCUUGACUACAACUGAGGCUCCUCAGCCCACCUCGUCGGGCACGAGCAACUGCCAGGCCAAGUACGAUGCUUGCCGUGGCGCCCCUGGUGCAAACCUGUCGACCUGCGCCUCUGAGAAGGCUGCUUGCGAUGCGGACAGCGGUAGCACCUCUACUACGACCCAAGCUACUCCGACCUCGGGGCCUGCAGGCGACUGCCAGGCUAAAUACGAUGCCUGCCGUGGUGAGCCCGGAGCGAACCUGUCGACCUGCGUGUCUAAGAAGGCUGCAUGUGACGCGAACAGAGGCGGCAGUUCCACCUCAUCAGUUGGCUCUGCUUCAGCAUCCCCUUCGGCGCCUGUCUUUAAUGGUGCAAGCCGGCUCUCAGGCAAUAUUGCUGUCGUAGGUGUCUUGGCGCUCGGCCUGGCCAUCUAA